GAUUAUGGUUGGCACGGACUGGUUGGGCCGAAGGAUCUGUUUCCGUGCUGCAGGACUUUGUAACUUUAAUCAAAGACCGCCCUGCCAUCUGCCCAAUGGCCAACACGACCUCACAGAAGCACAAGAACUUUGUGGUGGAGCCCAUGAAGGAGAAGUCUGUGAAAGAGCUGGCGGGAAUCGGCCUAGUCCUGGGAGGACGGUUAGAGGAGAAAGGCUUCACCAAGGCUAAAGAUGUGUUGGGUCAGUUUCUGCUUCUGAAACAAGACAAAGUGGCCUUCAAGUCCUGGAUGAGGCAAGUGUGCUUCGCGGGGAACAGGCAAUCAGAAGACUGUUAUCGCUGUCUCAGGGAGUGGUGUGAUGCUUUCCUGUGAACCUUCCUCUGCCCCUUCCCCUCCAGCUCCUGCGUAGAUGACAGUAAUGAUCACCUCAAAGAAACCUUAAUUGCUAUUUAUUGAUUGUUCACAGCCCCAGGUCACCGGGGCUUUUCCA